AUGAAGAGUGUCUCAGGACACUACGACUCUCUGGUCUACCUGAAACAUACAAGCCCAUCUCGUAUAGCAACCAAAAGCUCUGGUAUGAAAAUAAGCGCAGACUCUGUUAAGUCGAAAAUUCUACAAGAUGUCAAAGUGUGUGAAAAUUACACAUCUGCAUUUGUUGCUAACUAUAACCUCAAGAAUAAGGGUAGCAAGAAACACCUGGAAGAGGGCUUCGUUGCUACAAAUGUAAUAAAUAUGGCCAUAUUGCUGCCGAGUGAAAGUCAAAAUCUACAAAAAAGAAUCAAGAGAGUUCAAGUUAUGCUGCAGUUUCUAUAG